AUGAGGGGACUUUUAGGAAAUAUUGGUGGUUUAAUUCGUUCCAAUAGAAUUAGACGAUUUACCACCUUGGAUAAAAUACACAAGGACCCUCCAGACUAUAAAAAAGUCCCAUUUUUAAAAGAAGAUCUCGAUUCAGUACUAUCAGAGGUCCCAGAGUUCAAUUUCUAUUAUUUCGGAUCAACCACAGAUAAAGAUUACCCAUAUAAAAAUGUUCCCAUGAAUGAGCCCAUUUAUGUAACAGGCUCCGAGGGAAAGUUUACACCUUUAGAUCACAAAUUUCAGUACGCAAAGCUGGAAAAUGGAUUAAGGAUUGCAACAUUGGAUAAGGGAGGACUAGAUACACAUUUAGCACUGUACGUAAAUGCCGGAUCAGCCCAUGAAAAUGAUCAGAAUCAAGGAGUCACCUCGAUGAUAGAGAAUAUGGCCUUCCAUAGCACUGCACACUUGUCCCACCUUAGAACUAUUAAAACCGUUGAGACUUUGGGAGCAAACGUUAGCUGCAACGCUUUUCGAGAACAUACAGUCUACCAAGCUGAGUUUCUGAGACAAGACCUACCAUUUCUAGUUAACCUUUUAGUUGGAAAUGUAUUGUUUCCACGUUUUCUUACAUGGGAGCUGGCGGCAAAUAAGCAUAGGCUGUCUGAGAAGAGGAACAAAGUUUUGGAGAACCCAGACCAACUAGUUACUGAACAUCUACAUAGCGUGGCAUGGCAUAACAACACUCUUGGCAACUUCAAUUUCUGCUUAGAGCCAAGCGAAGAUAAAUACACCCCCGAACUAAUGAGAGACUUCAUGCUUAACCAUUUUUAUCCCCAAAACUGUGUGCUGGUGUCCGUUAAUUCAGGACUCGAUGAACUUUCAAAAUGGGCCAUGAGAGCUUUCUCCGAAUACAAUCCAAUUCCAAACCCGUCAGGUGAAGUUCCUAAAUUGGAGCCUAAAUACACUGGGGGUGUGAAGUAUGUAGAAGGUAAUACACCUUUUACACACGUGACAGUCGCUUAUCCUGUGAAAGGAUGGGAUAGUAAGCAGGUAGUCGUUACGACUCUUUUGCAGUCGAUUUUGGGUGGUGGAGGAAGUUUUAGCACAGGAGGUCCUGGAAAAGGCCUUACAACUAGCCUUUACAACAAUGUCCUUAACAGGUACGAGUUUGUGGAAAGUUGCAUGGCAUUUAACACAGUCCACUCAACGAGUGGACUUUUCGGCAUUUAUUUAGUGGUUAAUGGAGCCUACGCCUCUGGGAACCUUGACCAAGUUUUCACUCUCGUCAAAGACGAGUUCGAGAGAAUGAAAAGGAUAACCAACCAUGAACUUUCCGGCGGGAAAAACAGCCUUAAAUCAUUCCUUCACAUGAGCAUGGAACACAAAGCGGUGUUGUGCGAGGACGUUGGUAGGCAGCUUCUUUUUUGUAACAGGGUUCUGGAUGCUUCUGACUUGGAAAACCUAAUUGACGAAGUAACUCUCGAUGACCUAAAAUCUGUUGUAAAUGAACUUAGGGUUAACCUGAAUCCGAGCGUUGUUGUUUAUGGUAAACUCUCCAAGGUCCCUCACCCAGACACUGUCUUGCAGCUUUUGCACUGA